UACAAUCGAUAAAAAUUGUACUGUUGCAAAAUGUUAAAUCGAAUUAAUGAACAAAUAUUAGGAUAAAUAAUACACUCAGCGCAUGUGCAGGUUAUCAUCUAGUAUAUAUGUAUAUAUUUUUUGAAAUGGAGGGAGAAUAACUUAUUGUUGAGAAAUUCUUUGUUCUCAUGAUUGAUGAUUGAUGAUGCUCUUAGUUGGCAUGAGUAAUAUAUAUACCUUUCGUGGGUAUUGUUUAAAUGGAAAAUAUUAUUUCAUUAAACAACCAAAAAACUUACCCAAAGCAAAAUAAAAAUAGAACUGGUUACAAUAAACCUUAGUCGUAAACACUUUUUGCAUCAUAGUUACAUUGCUGCAUGAUUAAAUCCAGUUCAGUUCAGUCGAUGAGGAUAAACAACGUUUGUUAUUCUCAAAGAAAUUACUCCAAUGGCGUAAGACAUUGGAACAUGGAUCGGUUAUGUCUUUGACAUUCUGUGAUUGGUUAAUAUAAAAAAAAAUGCCGCAAUAAUACAUUGAAAAGAAUAAAAACAUCGACGCAUGUCUGUCUUUCUCUCUAUAUCUUUCACGUCGUUAUGUUCUUCUUUGAUCACAGUUUGACCAUUCGUUUAUUUUGCCCUUCAAUUCUCUCUUUCAUUCAAAGGUUACACAUUUGUUCUUUCUUUUACUAGCUUGAUGGAGUACAUGAUUUUUCUUGUGUGUGGAAAGUAAAAAGAUGGUUGUGAAACAAGGUUUUGGGUGACUAGGUUUAGACAUAAAGUUCGUGCUUUCCACGUCUCAUGCUAACUUUAUUUUCGUCUGUUCGGAACCUUUUUUUCUUUUAACUAAUAAACGCAACUUUUUACUAGCAUUUAAGGUUUCUUUUACCAUGAUAUCAAUUUAUUAUUUGGAGUGAAUCUCAGGUUCCUUUGGAAUUAAGCAAUCCAUGUAUUUUUUUAAAUUUACUGAUCGCUAUUUAAUGGCAGUCUCUGUCUUUUCUCCUUCGUGAGCCCUUUAUUAACUCUUUUGUUUUAGCUCAUAUAGUUCUGUACAAGCUCUUUAUACUUGAAGAAGUCUUCAUCAGAUUUUUUUGAGGAUUUAGAAGAUGUCUCAAACUGCUGGUAAACUAGGAAUGGUUACUCUGGACAGUGAAGUGGUGCCAUCUUCACUUGUGGAGAUUGCUCCGAUCCUCCGUGUAGCCAAUGAAGUAGAAGCAAGUAACCCUCGUGUUGCUUACUUAUGUCGGUUUUAUGCGUUUGAGAAGGCAUGCAAGCUUGAUCCCACAUCAAGUGGUCGUGGUGUUCCCCAGUUCAAGACUGCUCUUCUUCAGCGCUUAGAACAUGAGAACGAAACAACUCUCGCAGGAAGGCAGCAGAGCGACGCACGCGAUAUGCAAAAUUUCUAUCAACACUACUACAAGAGAUACAUCCAGGCUUUGGUCAACUCUACUAACAAAGACGACCGUGCUCAACUUAGAAAGGAAUAUCAAACUUCUUCUGUUCUUCUUGAAGUCUUGAAGGCUGUUAAUCAGACUGAAGAUGUGGAAGUGCCUGAUGAGGUUCUAGAAGCCCACACAAAGGUUGAAGAAAAAAUCCAAAUCGACGUGCCUUACAACAAUCUUCCCCAUGACCCUGAUAGUCAAAAUCUGGCUAUAACGAGAUUUCCUAAGAUACAAGCCACAGUUACCGCACUUUGUAACACGAGGGGUCUACCAUGGCCAGCAGGCCACGAGAAGAAACUCGAUGAAGAUAUGCUAGACUGGCUUCAAACCAUGUUUGGUUUUCAGAAAGAUAAUGUUGUUAAUCAAAGAGAGAACUUGCUUUUGUUACUUACUAAUGUACACAUUCGACAGUUUCCGAGACCUGAACAACAGCCAAAGUUGGAUGAUCGCGCAGUAACUAUAGUGAUGAAGAAACUUUUCAAAACCUACAAAAAGUGGUGCAAAUACUUGGGUCGGAAAAGCAGCCUCUGGAUGCCGGUGAUUCAACAAGAGGUUCAGCAGCGGAAACUGCUAUAUAUAUGUCUCCAUCUUUUAAUAUGGGGAGAGGCUGCAAACCUAAGAUUCAUGCCAGCGUGCCUUUGCUAUAUAUAUCACCAUAGACGAGCAUGUGAGUUCAAUUCUUCGUGAUCUUGGCUACUACAUAGACGUAGUUAUCGAUAAGUAGACUCCGGAGAGUUGAAAACGUAAUAUAUAAGGACGAGUUGCGACAUCGAGAACUUAGUAAUGCAUGUUUUAUAUUUACGUUAGGGGGAUGUUUUUAUA